GACUGAGAUGCCUCCAUUCUCCUUGUGGAAGGGGAACAGUUAAACACUGUGUUAAGUGGACAGGGUGGGGCUUACCUAAGCAGCAAGUCUGCUGGCAGAUGAGUCUUCCUGGUCCUGGCCAUGUAAGCAUGGCAAGUUAGGAAUCCAAAGCAGGAAUGUGUGCCACCUGCUGCUAAGGCAGUAGGUAUGGCCAUGAGUGGUUAUCCUACAAACUUAACUGCAGCCUAGUGAGCACUCCAUCCCAUGGCUUCCCAAACCUUGCAACCAUCCAUCAUAUACAAGGAACACAAACUAAGUUCCCACCCACCUGCCAUGGAAGCCAGACCCAACUUUGCCCCUCGAACCUCUCAAGUUCCUGCAAGGGGGAGGGUAUGCAGGACCCAGUUCCCCAAGACCCUGAAAGGGUAGGCCCUCUGAGGUGGGCCUCCUGAUAAUCUGUAGGUCCCUGAACCACCGUCUGCCAUUGUUGAUUCGAGUAACUAUGGAGCUGUGAGAUGGAGAUGAAUUCACCCUGCCUGCCAGAGACUUCAGGGAAUCCCUAGGACUCAGCAGCAAAGGUAUCAUACAAGCCUGAUACCUGGAUAUGGCAGAAACUGAGGGUGCAAUCAAGAGACAGUUAACCUCAUCGGCAAAGGGGUUGAACCCGAGUCACUGUUCCCUGCAUAUGCGCAGGGCGCAUGGUGCAGGUCGAAUGAAAAACCCCGCACCCUGUUCGCGAGGGCAAUCCCCAGGGGUGGAGACAAAAUCCCAGGUUCAGGCUGCCCCUUCAGCGUCGCCUCCCACGGCCACCUGGAAACGAGUCCCGGCAGAAUUAUUCGACUCGGGCGCCGAGCCGUCUCUUGAGGCCUCCGAGAAUGGCAAGGAAGAGGGCAACAGCUGUGUCCGGUGGAAGCGCUCUACUUGUUACCUGGGCGACGCUGAGCGGUCGCUAGUUCUGAUUGGCCUGAUUGUCACACUUUCCGUCCCUACCACCUUUGCCAAUGGUAAGGGAGCGCAUCUCAGAUGAGAGCGGCCUCAGAAAAAUGAGCCUUCGCUUGCGGAGGCUGAGCCAGUCUCUGCUUCCUCAGACUCUUGGAAAACGUAGUUGGAUGCGCUGGGGGCGGUGCCUCCAGAGCAGGAGCGGUAUUGGCCAGCCGGUGUCGUCAGGCUACGCUCCGACAAGCGGUAUUGUAGGUUCCACUUCCCGGAAGCAGUCUCCGGGCCGUGGCGGCGGGAUUGAGGUCCAUCUUUAUAACUCCAAGAAGACCCCCUUGAACAAGAAUGCCAUCCUCUCUGGGUCCCCCAUGCCUGCCUCUUAUGGACCCGCAGACCACCUUCAAAGAACCUGAGGCUGCACGCCUGCGCUUUCGGGGAUUCUGCUACCAGGAGGUGGCAGGUCCCCAAGAGGCCCUGACCCAGCUGAGAGAGCUGUGUUGCCAGUGGCUGCGUCCAGAUGCCCACUCCAAGGAGCAGAUGGUGGAGCUGCUGGUGCUGGAGCAGUUCCUGGGUGUGCUGCCUCCUGAGAUCCAGGCGUGGGUUCGAGGUCAGCAGCCAGGCAGCCCUGAGGCGGCUGCUUCCCUGGUCGAGGGGCUGCAGCAUGACCCUGGGCAGUUGCUUGGCUGGAUCACAGCCCACAUCCUGAAGCGGGAGGUACUCCCUGCAGUCCAGAAGACAGAGGAGUCUUUGAGGAGCCCUCAUCCCUCAGGGACGGUGGAGUCCCCUGGAGCAGCCCCUGGGGAGAGUUCACAAGACACCAGGAUAGAGGGGUCCACCCAGCUCAGUUGCAAUGUGAAAGAGGAACCCGAUGCUGAUGGGCAGGAAAUGGGAUCAAGGCCACAGCAACAAAACCAGCUUCUGAUCCACCCUGUCUCACCUGGACCUGACACUCCCCCCUCCGGUGCUCCCCUUUCAGCCCAGUCCCCCAAGGGGCACCUUGGACACCAGGAACCAGCCUCCACGUCCUUUCAACCACCCAGGAUUCAAGUAAUGAAUAAGGACGUGGCCACCAGUGGGGCAGUGAGCGGGCAGGCGCCUACAGGGAUAGGUUCUGGCCCACAGGAGGAAUGGGGGCUGCUGGACCCAUCGCAGAAGGAACUAUACUGGGAUGCGAUGCUGGAGAAGUACGGCUCGGUGGUGUCCCUGGCAGGGUUGCCACCCCCAUCAGAGGCAGAGCCUGAGACACUGGGUAUGGGGACCAACAUCAGCAGAAGCCGCUGUCCAGGAGUUGAGUGUGAGGGUCCAUCUGGCUGCCCAGAGGUCCAGCGACCCCGCGGGCCAGAGCCUGUCUCCUGGGAGGGCCUGGCCCAGGCAGCCCCGUCGGUUGGCCCCAGGACACAGCCUGCACACCUCCUGACCACGCCCCUAGAGGCUGGAGAGCCGGGCGCCCCCUCCAGGAAGCCCUACAUGUGUGAACAGUGCGGCCGUGGCUUCGACUGGAAAUCCGUGUUCGUCAUCCACCACCGGACGCACGCGGGCGGUCAGAGUGCGCGGGCGCUGGACACUCAAGGCAAUGCAGGAAAGUCACCACAGGGCCCCCGGGAACCAGCCACUUCAAGACAACCCCGGCGAUCAUUGGCAGGGCCUCGCAGCUAUGCAUGUGAGGAGUGUGGGCGCAGCUUCAGCUGGAAGUCGCAGCUGGUCAUCCACCGCAAGAGCCACGCUGGCCAGCGGCGCCACUUUUGCAGUGACUGCGGCCAUGGCUUUGACUGGAAGUCCCAGCUGGUUAUCCACAGGAAGAGCCACCGGCCUGAGGCCCUGUGAACCCCUGGACACAGCUGCCCCGCCUUAGGGGCUUUACUCAGCACCAGGAUCUGCCUCAGUCCAGAAGACUCAGGGGCAGCAGAGAACUCUCUAGUGAACCAGUGUUCCCCAGCCAGUUCUAUGCCCCUGGUCUGGCCUUCCCAAAAAAGACCUGGGUAAAGUUUAAAGCAGCUGCUCCUUCCAUUCUUCCCCAUCUUCUGAAAUGAGGCCUGGGUUUAAGUCCUAGGGUAACUAGUAAUUCUGGGGUGCCAACCCCCAGGCUCCCCACUUGUGACAUGGUGCAGGCCCACCAUACUCCCUACUCCUGUAACCUUGUUGCCCCAGGUGGGAGCUCAACUAUGCCUUCCCACCCCUGCCAGUGGCUAUGCCUGAGGUCUCAGUUUAGAAGGCAGCAGAAAGCUCAGGAAAGCAUGGCUGCUUCUGUUUGUCCUGUUUUGUGUGACCCUCGUACCUCUAUGUGUGUUAGGUUUUUACAUAAAUUCCACUUUUAUAA